AUGGAUCAGAUGGGCAAGAUGAGACCUCAGCCAUAUGGCGGGACUAACCCAUACUCGCAACAACAGGGACCUUCAUCAGGACCGCAGCAAGGACAUGGGUACCCAGGGCAGCCAUAUGGGUCCCAGACCCCGCAGCGGUACCCGAUGGCCAUGCAGGGCCGGGCACAGAGUACCAUGGGCGGCCUCUCUUAUGCACAGCAGAUUCCUCCUUACGGACAACAAGGCCCCAGUGGGUAUGGUCAACAGGGCCAGACUCCAUAUUACAACCAGCAAAGUCCUCACCCCCAGCAGCAGCAGCCACCCUACUCCCAGCAGCCCCCACCCCAGAACCCUCACGCCCAGCCUUCCUAUCAGCAGCAGCCGCAGUCGCAGCCGCCACAGCUCCCGUCUUCUCAGCCUCCCUAUUCCCAGCAGCCAUCCCAACCUCCACAUCAGCAGUCCCCGACUCCAUACCCCUCCCAGCAGUCCACGACCCAGCAGCACCCCCAGAGCCAGCCCCCCUACUCACAGCCACAGGCACAGUCUCCCUACCAGCAGCAGCAACCUCAGCAGCCAGCCUCCUCGACGCUCUCCCAGCAGGCUGCGUACCCCCAGCCCCAGUCUCAGCAGUCCCAGCAAACUGCCUAUUCCCAGCAGCGCUUCCCUCCGCCACAGGAGUUAUCUCAAGAUUCAUUUGGGUCUCAGGCAUCCUCAGCCCCCUCAAUGACCUCCAGUAAGGGAGGGCAAGAAGAUAUGAACCUGAGUCUUCAGUCAAGACCCUCAAGCUUGCCUGAUCUGUCUGGUUCAAUAGACGAUCUUCCCAUGGGGACAGAAGGAGCUCUGAGCCCUGGAGUGAGCACAUCAGGGAUUUCCAGCAGCCAAGGAGAGCAGAGUAAUCCAGCUCAGUCUCCUUUCUCUCCUCAUACCUCCCCUCACCUGCCUGGCAUCCGAGGCCCCUCCCCGUCCCCUGUUGGCUCUCCCGCCAGUGUUGCCCAGUCUCGCUCAGGACCACUCUCGCCUGCUGCAGUGCCAGGCAACCAGAUGCCACCUCGGCCACCCAGUGGCCAGUCGGACAGCAUCAUGCAUCCUUCCAUGAACCAAUCGAGCAUUGCUCAAGAUCGAGGUUACAUGCAGAGGAACCCCCAGAUGCCCCAGUACAGUUCCCCCCAGCCCGGCUCGGCCUUAUCUCCGCGUCAGCCUUCGGGUGGACAGAUGCACACAGGCAUGGGCUCCUACCAGCAGAACUCCAUGGGGAGCUAUGGUCCCCAGGGGAGUCAGUACGGCCCACAGGGAGGCUACCCCAGGCAGCCAAACUAUAAUGCCUUGCCCAAUGCUAACUACCCCAGUGCGGGCAUGGCUGGAAGCAUGAACCCUAUGGGUGCUGGAGGUCAGAUGCAUGGGCAGCCUGGCAUCCCACCUUAUGGCACACUCCCUCCAGGGAGAAUGAGUCAUGCCUCCAUGGGCAACCGGCCUUAUGGCCCUAACAUGGCCAAUAUGCCACCUCAGGUUGGGUCAGGGAUGUGUCCCCCACCAGGGGGCAUGAACCGGAAAACUCAAGAAACUGCUGUCGCCAUGCAUGUUGCUGCCAACUCUAUCCAAAACAGGCCACCAGGCUACCCCAAUAUGAAUCAGGGAGGCAUGAUGGGAACUGGACCUCCCUACGGACAAGGGAUUAAUAGUAUGGCUGGUAUGAUCAACCCUCAGGGACCCCCGUAUCCCAUGGGUGGAACCAUGGCCAACAAUUCAGCAGGGAUGGCAGCCAGCCCAGAGAUGAUGGGCCUUGGGGACGUCAAGUUAACUCCAGCCACCAAAAUGAACAACAAGGCAGAUGGGACACCCAAGACAGAAUCCAAAUCCAAGAAAUCCAGUUCUUCUACUACAACCAAUGAGAAGAUCACCAAGUUGUAUGAGCUGGGUGGUGAGCCUGAGAGGAAGAUGUGGGUGGACCGUUAUCUGGCCUUCACGGAGGAGAAGGCCAUGGGCAUGACAAAUCUGCCUGCUGUGGGUAGGAAACCUCUGGACCUCUAUCGCCUCUAUGUGUCUGUGAAGGAGAUUGGUGGAUUGACUCAGGUCAACAAGAACAAAAAAUGGCGGGAACUUGCGACCAACCUCAAUGUGGGCACCUCAAGCAGUGCUGCCAGCUCCUUGAAAAAGCAGUACAUCCAGUGUCUGUAUGCCUUUGAGUGCAAGAUUGAACGGGGGGAAGAUCCUCCCCCAGACAUCUUUGCAGCUGCUGAUUCCAAGAAGUCCCAGCCCAAGAUCCAGCCUCCCUCUCCUGCGGGAUCUGGGUCUAUGCAGGGGCCACAGACACCUCAGUCAACCAGCAGCUCCAUGGCAGAAGGAGGAGACCUGAAGCCACCAACUCCAGCAUCUACACCACACAGCCAGAUCCCCCCCUUGCCAGGCAUGAGGAGCAAUUCGGUUGGGAUCCAGGAUGCCUUUCCUGAUGGAAGUGACCCCACAUUCCAGAAGCGGAAUUCCAUGACUCCAAACCCUGGGUACCAGCCCAGUAUGAAUACCUCUGACAUGAUGGGGCGCAUGUCCUACGAGCCAAAUAAGGAUCCUUAUGGCAGCAUGAGGAAAGCUCCAGGGAGCGAUCCCUUCAUGUCCUCAGGGCAGGGCCCCAAUGGCGGAAUGGGAGACCCCUACACCCGAGCUGCUGGCCCUGGGCUGGGAAAUGUGGCGAUGGGACCUCGACAGCACUAUCCCUACGGAGGUCCUUAUGACAGAGUGAGGACGGAGCCUGGAAUAGGACCCGAGGGAAACAUGGGCACUGGAGCCCCACAGCCGAAUCUCAUGCCUUCCAACCCAGACUCGGGGAUGUAUUCUCCUAGCCGCUACCCCCCGCAGCAGCAGCAGCAGCAGCAGCAGCAGCAACGACAUGAUUCCUAUGGCAAUCAGUUCUCCACUCAAGGCACCCCUUCCAGCAGCCCCUUCCCCAGCCAGCAGACCACAAUGUAUCAGCAGCAGCAGCAGAAUUACAAGCGGCCGAUGGAUGGCACGUACGGCCCUCCUGCCAAGCGGCACGAAGGGGAGAUGUACAGUGUGCCGUACAGCACUGGGCAGGGGCAGCCCCAACAGCAGCAGCUGCCUCCAGCCCAGCCCCAGCCUGCCAGCCAGCAGCAAGCUGCCCAGCCUUCCCCUCAGCAAGAUGUGUACAACCAGUAUGGCAACACUUACCCUGCCACUGCCGCUGCUGCUACUGAGCGCCGACCAGCGGGCGGCCCCCAGAACCAGUUUCCAUUCCAGUUUGGCCGAGACCGUGUCUCUGCACCCCCCGGCUCCAAUGCCCAGCAGAACAUGCCACCGCAAAUGAUGGCCGGCCCCAUACAGGCAUCGGCUGAGGUGACUCAGCAAGGCACCAUGUGGCAAGGGCGUAAUGACAUGACCUACAAUUACGCCAACAGGCAGAGCACUGGCUCUGCCCCCCAGGGCCCCACCUAUCAUGGUGUGAACCGAACAGAUGAAAUGCUGCACACGGAUCAGAGGGCCAACCAUGAAGGCCCGUGGCCUUCCCAUGGCGCACGUCAGCCCCCAUAUGGUCCCUCUGCCCCCGUGCCCCCCAUGACGAGGCCCCCUCCAUCCAACUACCAGCCCCCACCAAGCAUGCAGAAUCACAUUCCUCAGGUAUCCAGCCCCGCUCCCCUGCCCCGGCCAAUGGAGAACCGCACCUCCCCUAGCAAGUCUCCAUUCCUGCACUCUGGGAUGAAGAUGCAAAAGGCAGGUCCCCCAGUGCCUGCCUCGCACAUAGCACCUGCCCCUGUGCAGCCACCCAUGAUUCGGCGGGACAUCACCUUCCCACCUGGCUCUGUCGAAGCAACGCAGCCUGUGUUGAAGCAGAGGAGGCGGCUCACAAUGAAAGACAUUGGAACCCCGGAGGCAUGGCGGGUAAUGAUGUCCCUCAAGUCUGGGCUGCUGGCAGAGAGCACAUGGGCAUUAGACACCAUUAACAUCCUGCUCUAUGACGACAACAGCAUCAUGACCUUCAACCUCAGUCAGCUCCCAGGGUUGCUAGAGCUCCUUGUGGAAUAUUUCCGGCGUUGCCUCAUCGAGAUCUUUGGCAUUUUAAAGGAGUACGAGGUGGGUGACCCAGGACAGAGAACACUACUGGACCCUGGGAGAUUCAGCAAGGCGUCUAGUCCAGCCCCCAUGGAGGGGGAGGAGGAGGAAGACCUUCUAGGUCCUAAGCUAGAGGAGGAAGAAGAGGAGGAAGUAGUGGAAAAUGACGAGGAGAUGGCCUUUUCGAGCAAAGACAAGGUAGCCUCGGAGAGUAGUGAGGAGAAACUGGUUAGUAAGUUUGACAAGCUCCCGGUAAAGAUCGUGCAGAAGAAUGACCCGUUCGUGGUGGACUGCUCAGAUAAACUUGGGCGCGUGCAGGAGUUUGACAGUGGCCUGCUGCACUGGCGGAUUGGUGGGGGGGACACCACUGAGCACAUCCAGACCCACUUUGAGAGCAAGACAGAGCUGCUGCCUACCUGGCCUCAUGUGCCCUGCCCACCAGUCACCCGGAAACAUGUCACAGCGGCAGAGGGCACACCAGGGACAACAGAACAGGAGGGCCCCCCACCCGAUGGCCCGCCAGAGAAACGGAUCACAGCCACGAUGGAUGACAUGUUGUCCACCCGGUCUAGCACACUGAGCGAGGAGGGAGCUAAGAGUGCAGAGGCCACCAAGGAGAGCAGCAAGUUUCCAUUCGGCAUCAGCCCGGCACAGAGCCACCGGAACAUCAAGAUCCUAGAGGACGAGCCCCACAGUAAAGAUGAGACCCCACUGUGUACCCUUCUGGACUGGCAGGAUUCCCUCGCCAAGCGCUGUGUCUGUGUCUCCAACACCAUCCGAAGCCUGUCGUUUGUGCCAGGCAACGACUUUGAGAUGUCCAAACACCCAGGGCUGCUGCUGAUCCUGGGCAAGCUAAUUCUUCUGCACCACAAGCACCCCGAACGGAAGCAGGCACCACUGACUUACGAGAAGGAGGAGGAGCAGGACCAAGGGGUGAGCUGCAACAAAGUGGAGUGGUGGUGGGACUGCUUGGAGAUGCUCCGGGAAAACACCUUGGUCACGCUCGCCAACAUCUCGGGGCAGUUGGACCUCUCCCCAUACCCCGAGAGCAUUUGCCUGCCUGUCCUGGACGGACUCCUACACUGGGCAGUCUGCCCUUCCGCCGAAGCCCAGGACCCCUUCUCCACCCUGGGCCCCAACGCCGUCCUCUCCCCACAGAGACUGGUCUUGGAAACCCUCAGCAAACUCAGCAUCCAGGACAACAAUGUGGACCUGAUCCUGGCCACUCCCCCCUUCAGCCGCCUGGAGAAGUUGUAUAGCACCAUGGUGCGCUUCCUCAGUGACCGAAAGAACCCAGUGUGCCGGGAGAUGGCCGUGGUACUGCUGGCCAAUCUGGCGCAGGGUGACAGCCUGGCGGCCCGCGCCAUCGCAGUGCAGAAGGGCAGCAUCGGCAACCUCCUGGGCUUCCUGGAGGACAGCCUUGCUGCCACGCAGUUCCAGCAGAGCCAGGCCAGCCUGCUCCACAUGCAGAACCCGCCCUUCGAGCCAACCAGUGUGGACAUGAUGCGGCGGGCUGCCCGCGCGCUGCUGGCCCUGGCCAAGGUGGACGAGAACCACUCGGAGUUCACGCUGUACGAGUCACGGCUGUUGGACAUCUCAGUGUCACCGUUGAUGAACUCAUUGGUUUCACAAGUCAUUUGUGAUGUACUGUUCUUGAUUGGCCAGUCAUGA